AUGACGUUUUGUAAAACGAAAUGGCAAAUUUUUCUUAUGUUCAUUGUUUAUGUUAAAUCACAGACGAAAGUGGGCGACAGCUGCGUCGAUCAAUUCACAAACACGAUUGGCCGAUGUACAGCAGCUGAGACUUGUGACUCAGCGAGGAGGGAUUUCCAACAAAACGGCAUCAGACCCACAUUCUGCACUUACAGUGCGUUUGGGACAACACUAGUGUGCUGUAGAGACGGCACUAAUAUACUGCAGACUGCCGACCCAAAACCUAUUAGACCAAUAUGGGGUAGUACAUCAAAUAAACAGACGGAUCAAAGAAGAGUCAGUGAAAGAAAAUGUGAAGAAUACAGCAGGGGUGUUGUCGAGAAAGUGGACUUCAUACCUCUGCUCCCAGACCCAGAGACCAUGUCGAUAUCAGCCGCCAAGUGUGAGUAUACCGGCGUCGAGCUGAUCGUAGGAGGCGAGAACGCUAACCAAGGAGAAUUCCCACAUAUGGCCGCGCUCGGCUGGGCCAACUUCGAGGGCGGCUACGACUUCAGCUGCGGCGGUUCCCUCAUCAGCACCAAGUACGUGCUCAGCGCGGGACAUUGCACCAGAAACCCGCGUGCUAGGGACCCCGCCCCCGCCAUCGUCAGGCUUGGUGAUCAGAACAUAGACCCCAGUGUGGUCGACGGGGCCAACCCUAUUGAGGUCCCGAUCAAGAGUACCCUGUCUCAUCCCGAUUACAAACCUCCAAGACGUUACAAUGAUAUAGCCCUGUUUGAACUAGCAUCAGACGUCACGUUCUCAGCUACAAUCAGACCUGCCUGUCUCUGGAGUAGAAGCGACUUGGGAGGUCACAAGAAAGCGUUGGCAACUGGAUGGGGUGUCACCGAUGCAGUGACCAAGCAGACCUCUAAAGAGCUUCAGAAGGUAUCUUUAUCGUUGUUGGACAACAAUCAAUGCGACCAGCUGCUGGUGUCCAGCCGGAACAGGCACUGGGGCGGGUUCCAGCAGUCACAGAUGUGCGCGGGAGAACUUAGAGGCGGGAAAGAUACAUGCCAGGGAGAUUCUGGAUCGCCUCUCCAAGUGACUUCAAAAGACAACCAGUGCAUAUUCCACAUAAUAGGGAUCACAUCUUUCGGCAGAAAGUGCGCUGAGAGCGGCAUGCCUGCUGUUUACACGAGAGUUUCCAGUUACGUAGACUGGAUCGAAAGUGUCGUAUGGCCAGGAGAGUAA